GAAAAUUAAACAAGACAGCCAAAGCGAAACUAGAGUGAAAAGUCGUUUUACUUCCUCUAGUACUACAUGCAGUAGUGAUUGGAAAACAAAGAAGUAUGCGACUAGGAAGUGACAGACUCCUUUAGUUUAAAUGCACCAUUGAAAGAACAUUUGGAAGCAGAAGAUCUCAGAAGACGUUUGCUUUUAUGACGUUAUUAGUCGUCUCGGGGCAUCAAGAAGUAUUUGAGUUCGCAUCAUGUUGGCAGUGAUGACGGUGUUGGGUCUGGGGCUUUAUCUUUACUCGCCAAUACAUGCCCUGUUUGAGAAAGAACAAUUUGCAGUUGUAAACGCUGAUCUAAUACAUGUUGAGCGAACAGUGAGCGAUGCUUUUCUAUCAGUGGCUAUAGAUACCAACUUGGUCACUGAAGAGAGGUACAUCAACCUUUUGGGCUCACAGAAGCUGCGGACACUAGCAAAAGGCCUAGCUCCUGGGUAUUUGAGAUUUGGUGGAACAAAAGCAGACUUCAUGCGCUUCCACACCAAGGAAGUGGCAACAAGACAACAGGCUUUUAGCAGACAGUUUGGAAUCAAACCAGGUGUUUGUGACAGAAGGCCCAUUUCUCCUGAGACAGAGGAAUAUUUGAAGUCAGAGUGGGUAUUGCAGGAGGAACUCAUCCUUAUGGAGGAACAUCAAAAUCAUUGUUCCAAGCUAAAUAUUUCAGGGUCUACCGUGGAUAUGUUGUACAAUUUUGCCAAUUGUUCUGGGUUUCACUUAAUCUUCGGUUUGAAUGCCUUACUGAGAACUAAAACUAAUACCUGGAACAGCUCCAAUGCUGAAGAACUCCUCAACUACUGCCAGUCAAAGAACUACAGCAUGUCAUGGGAACUGGGCAAUGAGCCUAAUAGCUUUAUGAAGAAAUCUGGAAUCAGAAUUGACGGCACCCAGUUGGGAAAGGAUUUCGUUCACCUUCGUGAAAUCCUCAGGAGAUACAAAAACUUCCAAGAUUCUGGACUGUACGGACCUGAUGUGGGACAGCCUCGAGACCACACAGAGAAUCUGCUGGAGGGGUUUCUGGAGACGGGUGGGAAAGUCAUAGAUGCUUGCACCUGGCAUCAUUACUAUGUGAAUGGAAGAGACACAUCCCUGUCAGACUUCCUCAGUCCUGAGGUGCUGGAUAGCCUUGCUACAAAGACCCAAGAAAUCUUUCAGAUAAAAACACAAAUAACCCAGAAAUUUCCAGGUAAAAAAGUCUGGCUGGGAGAAACAAGUUCUGCCUAUGGAGGUGGAGCCCCUGGAUUGUCGGACACAUACGUUGCUGGCUUCAUGUGGCUAGAUAAACUGGGACUCUCAGCCAGACUGGGCAUUGACGUGGUCAUCAGGCAAGUUUUGGUUGGGGCUGGAUCUUACCAUUUAGUUGAUUCCAAUUUCGACCCAUUGCCUGACUAUUGGCUGUCUUUACUAUACAAGAAGCUGGUUGGCCCUAAGGUGCUUGCUGCUACAGCGUUCACCCAUCUAGGAACAGAAAGCAAGCUUCACCGUGUGUACAUGCACUGCACCAAGAGCAACAGUGAGACCUCUGGGACGGGAGCUGUAACAGUGUUUGCCUUAAAUCUGAGUAAGAAAACAUCAACAAUCCACCUACCUCCACUCUUGUCUGACAAAACAGUCGUCCUUUACCUCUUAGAGCCUGCUGGAGAAGAUGGCUUACAUUCAAGGUCUGUGCAGCUGAAUGGAAAAGUGUUGAAGAUGGUGGAUGACACAACACUGCCAGUCCUGACAGGGAUACCCCUACCUGUGGGAAGCCCUCUCAAACUCCCAGCUCUGUCCUUUGCAUUUUAUGUGGUGAAAGAUGCCAACGCUCCUGCAUGUAGAUAAAACCACACACAGUGUAGAUUGUCCAGUCGUGUUAAACACUUGACACUUGUGUCAGGCUAUACGAAAAAGGGAUUGUGUGUUGUGGCUUUUAGGUCAUUUAAUCUCAUAGGAAGGAUUAGCUUUUACAAGCAAAAUAUGUUUCUCAAAAAUAUCUGUCCAUUUUCUAUUUAUGCAACUAUUUAAGGCAGCCGCUUCAUAUUUGUAGGGUUAUUUGAUAUGUGAAGAGUGCAAUAUAUAGUUUACACUGGAAAAUAUAAACUCAAGGGAGCAUAUUAACAGUCAUUAUUUAAUAUGUGUAAACAUUAACGUACAUCAGGGACUAGAGUGAAAUCUAUGGUAUAUAAAAUAAAUUAUUAAAUACAUUAAAAAAAAUAUUGAGACAUCAUGCAUUGAUAUACUGUAUUAAGCCUUUACUGUAACUUUACAUUUUUAGAUAGUGACAAAGUCUCGGACGGAUGAUAUGAAAGCCUAAGAUUGUCCGAUCUCUGUACCCUGUGUAAACUAAAAGGUGCAGUAACAGAGGACUGACCAAUAGAUGGCAUUAGUCCGAUACAUUAUAGGACUCAGGACAACACCUGAGUCUUAAUCUGAACGCUGUAAUUGAAUGAUUAAUUACAGAAGAGAGGACAAAUUAACAGGUAAACAGUUUAGCCGUCCUGUUGACAGUGAGGGUUAACAACCCAAAGUGUAUUCAGGUCUCCGAUUGGAGUUUGGGUUUGUUUUGUUUAUUUGUUUUUAAACCUUUUGUUUGUAAAUAAUAAAAGUGUGCUGAAAAGCGCUGAACCGUAAACAGUGUCUGGAAUUACAUUUGUGUGUGUACAUCUACACCACUACACGGCCACGCCACCACAGCCGAUUACUUCAUAAAAAGAA